AAUGAACUUUGUUUUGAAAUCUUUGAUGUGCUGCAUAUUAAACUUAGAAUAUGUUUUGUGUUAGUCUUUGUAAAAUGUGAAGUAUUAAAUUUAUUUAUUUUCAUGUGAACAAAUUAACCUAAAUAGGUGAAAUGUAUUUAAAUGCAGGGGUUGGAGAUUGAAGGGGAGUUGCCUGAGAAAAAGACUUGUUAUGAAGGAGUAUUUUAUAAUUACUUUAGCAUAGGAAUGGAUGCUCAGGUGGCUUACGACUUUCAUCAUUUACGUAAUGAGAAACCUUACCUGGCACAAGGACCAAUUUCUAAUAAGCUGAUCUAUUCUGGUUAUAGUUGCGGUCAAGGUUGGUUCUUUACACCUUGUACAAGUGAUCCACAAUUAAGGGGACUAACAAAUAUUUUAAGGCUGCAUGUCAAAAAGGUCAAUUGCUCAGAAUGGGAGCAAAUUACUGUUCCGUCAAGUGUAAGAGCUAUUGUUGCUUUAAAUCUUCAUAACUAUGGAAGUGGACGACAUCCCUGGGGUAAUCUGAAGCCAGAUUAUUUGGAAAAGGUAUAUAUCUCUCCUCGAGAUAAUGUUAAUUUUCAUUGGGUUUGUUAGCUCUAUGUUCUUCUAUGCUGUAUGUUGGUUAUGCAGAUGCGAGCAUGAAAAUACUCGAGUACUUACGAAGUUAUUGUUUUUCCCUAA